UCGGGCCAAUCUUUUGUUUCUCAACUCAACCACAAGUCUCUGCAUCAAUUUCCUACUGGGUUCUGGGAAAUAGAUAGUCUUUAAUCCUCCUCUUCUAUCUCUAAUGGCUCUCUCUUCUUCAACCCCGCGUUGCUGCCCUCCUCCUUCUCCUUACUCUCGCCCAUCAGCUGCUACUGCUCCCAAAUUCAUCAGCUUCGCAUCAAAGACCAAGCAAUGUCGCCUCUCCUCGAAAAGCCCAUCAGCUUCUCAGCGCAUUUCAUCACCUCUGGUCACUCUUUGGGAUAAAGGACUCUCUGGGUGUUCUCAGCAGCGGCGUUCGGCUCGCUUCGCCAUCUCGGCAUGCUCUCAAGUUGCUAGUGAUGGGUCCAGUCCUUUAUCGAAAAUACUUGCAGAGUUCCGAGAUUCUUUUUGGAGAUUUCUAAGGCCUCACACGAUUCGCGGGACUGCUCUAGGGUCCAUAGCUUUGGUAGCAAGAGCCCUGAUUGAGAACCCAAAUCUGAUAAGCUGGUGGCUGACGAUUAAGGCACUCUAUGGACUUAUAGCACUUAUUUGUGGCAAUGGUUAUAUUGUUGGGAUUAAUCAGAUUUAUGAUAUCGGAAUUGACAAGGUGAACAAGCCAUACUUGCCCAUAGCCGCAGGAGAUCUAUCAGUUCAAUCAGCAUGGAUUUUGGUGUUAGCUUUUGCAGCUGCUGGCCUUCUGAUUGUUGGACUGAACUUUGGGCCAUUCAUAUCUUCUCUUUAUUGUCUGGGACUUUUUCUUGGAACUAUAUAUUCUGUUCCUCCAUUCAGAUUAAAGAGAUAUCCUGUUGCGGCAUUUCUUAUUAUUGCCACGGUACGUGGAUUUCUUCUCAAUUUUGGAGUAUAUUAUGCCACCAGAGAUGCUUUGGGUCUUUCCUUUAAAUGGAGUUCACCUGUAGCUUUCAUCACAGCCUUUGUGACGCUGUUUGCUUUUGUCAUUGCUAUAACUAAAGAUCUGUCAGAUGUUGAAGGAGAUCGCAAGUUCAAAAUAUCAACCUUGGCAACAAAGCUUGGUGUCAGGAAUAUAGCACUUCUUGGCUCUGGUCUUUUGCUGGCAAAUUAUCUCAGUGCUAUUCUUGUAGCAAUUUACAUGCCACAGGGUUUCAGACAAGGCUUAAUGAUACCCGCACACGCUUUAUUAGCACUGUGGCUGAUUUUCCAGACUUGGGUUCUGGAGCAAGCAAAAUACAGCAAGGAAGCAAUAUCGCAGUUCUAUCGGUUUAUUUGGAACCUCUUUUAUGCCGAAUAUAUUAUAUUUCCUGUUAUAUAGCCUGUAAAAGUUUUCUUCUCUCAUUUUUGGUAGAUAGUUCUUUUUCCCCCUCAAAUUGUUUGUACGUUUUGUAAUAUUCCAUUUCCAUGUGAUUACACCCAAAGAGGUGAAAGGUUGUUUUCCCCCCUUUUUGGUAAGGUUCAAGCAAACAUAUUAAGAUAUAUACAUAUAUCUCUACAUAUGUAUAAUUAAGUUCGUCA